AUGUCACGAUCGAGAUUGCUGUCUAAUAAUAUCCUCGGCCACUGUUUCUAUGGAUAUACCGGCAGGCCUCUGUUUCGGCAAAACUGUGAUGAUGAAAAUUGCACGCAGAGAUCCAUUCCUAAGAUUUCAGUACUGUACUCCUUCCCGCAUUGGCUUAUUAAGCAAGCUGUUGGUAUCUGUUUCCAGCGAGAAGCACACCCGCAAUUCAGCAUUUCUUUGAUCCGUGUUAUCCCCCCAGAGUCAGAAAUCUUCCGCUAUAUCCGUACAGGUGAUUGUGACCAACUCGGUAAACUUCUGAACAGUGGAAAGGCUUCGGCUGCUGAUAUCGGGGCUUUCACUGGCAUGUCAGUCCUCACCUAUGCUGUCUCACAUUACCAAGUUGAGGUGUGCAAGCUCUUGAUUGCUCAUUCUGCCAAGCCGUUUGCUCCAAAUCCAUCCACCCUGGCUCCAUCAGCUGGAGACUUGGCGUGGAAUAUCAUGCAUGAGUAUUCAACACCACGAGAGCUCCAGACUGCGUUGUCAUCCAUCUUUCCACAACCGGACCUCGAUUCACGCCAAUUCUCUACCCUCCAGCGCCUGAUUCUCAAUCUCGAAUACUCCUCCAUCGAUAUUGCUCUGCGCCAAUCUCGCCCUAUCAUCAAUCACCGUGACUCUGCUGGGCGCACUGCCCUUCAUUGGGCGGCUUGGACCGGCAACGCAGACAUACUUCAGCGAGUACUGAAGUGUGGCGCGGAGAUCAACACAAGGGACAAUGCCGGCAGAUGUGCACUUCAUUUUGCAGCUCAGAACGGUAGUGUCGAUUGUGUUCGCGAGUUACUUGAUUCCGGUGCGAACGUUAACGUGCGGGACAACUGGGGUGAGACUCCUCUACAUCUUGCAGGGAGCGACAGUCGCAAUGAAAGCGUCAGCUUGCUACUAGAAGCUGGCGCAGACGUCAACGCUCGCACAGGUCGCGAAGAAAGCUGUCUCUGCUAUGCUACAUUGGCAAAUAAUGUCGAUGGUAUAAAAUUGCUUUUAGCAGGAGGUGCUGAUCUCGAAUCACAGGACAACAUCGGGUACACGGUGCUCCUGGACUGUAUCUGGGCAAACGCGCAUGAGGUUGCACAAGCCUUGAUAGAGGCUGGCGCCGACACCUCCGUGAAAGGAACAGACGGCAAGGGUCUACUUCAUGCGGCAGCAAUGUAUGCUGAUGUCAGGAUGUGCGAGAUCCUUGGUCGCGCUGAUACUGCAGAGCUCGAUCCGUACGCGAAAAUGAAGGAUGGAAUGAACGCCUGGGAGCAGCUGAGGGCAAGAAUAGGCUUGGGUUCAAUAGCAGGGGCGGGGUUGGAUAGUGCAAAUAUCAGAGGGAAAGAGAAAGCCAAAGAUCUAGAAUUGAUCGAGGCAUUUGGUGCAUUAGCGUUGUCAACAGCGAGACAGGUUGAUCCUAGGAUUAAGAAAGGUUCGAAGAGGCGAGAUGAUGGUGAGGAGGUUUCGAGUAAAAGAGCCAAACGAGGCUGA